AUGCCUACGGGUGAUGGUUCGCCAUCAGCUGCAACACCUUUUGACCCUACUCGCCCCACCAUCUUUGAGCUCUUGGCGUCCGAUCAGCUGUCAUCUCUCCUAUCCCCGGCCAUCCGCUAUACCCUCUCCGUCCUAGCUACUCGCCAGCCGCGCAUCUUCCUGCGAGCCUUCAACAGCUUCGAAGAGCUAUGGGCCGUCUUCAUGCUUCUUGUUGAGAGGCACUACCUCCGCACGUGGGGUAGUAGCUUCAGUGAGAACUUCUACGGACUCCGAAGGAGAAGGCGGAUGGGCAUCAGCGGCAUUCGCAGUGGCCAGUCAAAGAAGGGUCAGGGAGGACUAAGCCGUACAGAGAUCAACGUUAGUCUGUUCCUCCUGGUUGGCUUGCCUUAUCUUCAGCGCAAGGCAGACGAUUGGUGGGAGAGAAACGGUGGCGGGGCUACGAGCGACGCUGAUCUCUUCGGUGAUGAUGAAGCUGAGGCAGGUCAGAGCAGCCACGGAGGCUCCACUUGGACGGGCAUCUCUUCUUCAUCAAACGUCUCAUUGAGGGAUCGCCUGCGAGCCUUGCACUCUUCACUCAAUCCGAAAGCAGUCGCAGCAUACCCCUACUUCAAGACGUUCUGGUCUUUCUUCCUCCUCUCCCAAUAUGUUCGCUAUCUCUUCAACAACACGCCCUACUUCUCUCCCCUGCUCUCUUUGUUCAGGGUUGAGAUCGUCAGAGCCUCUCCAUCAGACUAUGCCUCCAACGAGUCGACCUCAGGUUCUCUUCCAAUUCUACCUCCUGACCUGCCGAAUCCCCUGCAACGGCCGCGAGAGUUCCUUACGAGGAUGCUGAGAGGUGGACCUUACAUGUUCUUCGAGUCUCUCAAAUACGCUCUGCCAGCCAGCAUUUUCCUAUUCAAAUUCUUGGAGUGGUGGUAUGGAAGCGAAGAAGUUGGCCGGCGCCGUGAUGGUAGAGGCGGUAAGGGAGAAGGCCCUGGAGGCGAUGGCGUGCGAUUCGGCCCUCCUAGAGUUCUACUCCCUUCGGAAAGAGGCAUUCUAUACGACGAUGAGAAGAGCAAAAGCUACAAGAUACCCAGCGUCACCGUGACAGUGCCUCCACAGACUCCUCCAGAGAGCGAUGAUGGCUCACCUCGGUCGGUCAAUACUCAAAGCAGAUUGCUCAUCCACAACUCCUGCCCCAUUUGCGGAGCGACGCCUAUGAACAAUCCUGCCGUCAUUCCUAGCGGCUACGCAUUCUGCUACACAUGCAUCAACGCAUAUGUAGAGAAGGAAGGUCGGUGUCCCGUCAGUGGCAUGAGGCUCGAGGAUGGAGAGAGCGGUGUCCGUAGGGUGUUGGGCUAA